UGAUAAUACUGACAGGUUUUGUUUGGUACAUGGAGACAUGGGUGCCUCUUGUACAUGUUACGCCACUGUUUCGCCAGUUGUCAUGGAAACAAGAACUGUCGUUAAGGAUGGAGGCCAGGAAGGAGACGAGACAGUGAACAGACACCAGAUCAAAAAGACUUCUCGCUUCAAGCGUCGGAGUGAGUUAUCUGUGACGUCAGACGACAACCCCCGACAAGUUUACGUCAUCCACCUGUCCGCGGUCCUCCUUAACCCCCGGGACUGUCCACAGCUAGUGGACUUCAUCCUGGACAAGCCUGUUAUAAUGGUGGAAAUAGGGGUCAUGAUAAACAAGAAUGGUAAAUCGUGCGGGCCGAAGAAAGUCAUCAUGGAUCCGGAAAUUGACUGGGACGGUUUGGAUAUUACUCAGCAAGUUCCUCGUCGGGUCUCCGUGACCGAUGGCACGGCUCGAGUCUACGGCGUACUCUCAAGGUCAUUCAACUGUCAGCUGGAGAAUCAGAAAGUGACCCUCAAUGCCCUCCUGCUGGGACAAAAGAACAUAUCGCUGACUACUGAUAUACAGGAUGACAAAGAAUACUCACUACUUGACGUCACAGAAAUGUUCAACUGUUUCAUGUCUGAAAACACCGGAUGCACAAAGAAAUCUUCAGCAAUUAAAAAGGUAUCCAUUGCAAGCCGAAACAGAAGAACGUCAACUGAAGAACGCGAUGGUAAAGAUGGCGACAGCGAAUCAAGAAGUUCCCGCCUGAUCUCCGCCUACCUAGCAGACGACAGCUACAACGCGGGAAAAGACAUCGUCAGAAAAGUGUCCAUAGAAGAGAAAGUGUUCAAGCGGCCAGACAAGGAAAAAAAGGUCUCCACAACUGUUACAGAAGAAGAAAUUCGGAUUUCUCCACCGGAAGUCAGCGAUGAUGUCCCUCGUCGGAAGUUGUCCAAUAAAGGCGAAAAACAAAGACGUUCGUCGGAAGAGAGGAAAAAGAAGAAGGAGGAGAAAAAGGGGAAAAAUUCAAAAGAGGAAAAAUUCAGACGACAUUCGGGGGGAGAUCAGAGGAUAAAAAACGUGAGAAAGGUGACCCCGCAUUGUAAGAUCAUGGUCACGGAGCCGGGCGUGUGCUGUUCUAAGGAGCCGUGUCUCUCUCAGCUGGAGGAGGAAGACGAAGGCCGCACCUCCAUGGCAACCGACAACAGCGACCACGUGUACUCAAGCACGUGCAGCCUACAGCGACGGAUCUCCUCCUCUAUGUGCUAUUCCCCCGGCCCCGGGCACCACUUUGAUCCAAUCACAGAACUGUCCUGUGAAGAGGACGAUGGAGAAAGAAAAUGGCGGGAAAAACAGCGCUCAGUCAGCUGCACGUGACGUAUGUGUGAUGAGAGGAAGUUGGAUAUCGCAAAUAAAGGUCUUCACGAAAACGACAUUAUUUUACCAGAACAUCGCCGAAUUCCGUAAAAUUCUGUACGCAAACAAUAAUAGUCUGGAGAAUCUACAAAAUUUGAUCCCCGAAUGUUUAAAAUCCCUGACUAAGUAGUGUAUUUCAUACCAGUUAUAUUUAAAAUGCAUAUAUUGAAACGAAUUUGAAGAGUGUGUCUACUGAAAAUGAAUCUUGCUGGAGAUUUUGAACUUUGAAAAGAAAGUUUGCUGCAUUGAAAUCUAUGGGAAAAACGCGCGUUGUUCAAUUUGUCAAAAAUAAAUCAUUCAAUGCUAUUAAUAUACAGUACAUGUAUUAUGAGACAAUAUUUUAUAAACAUGUGAUAAAAAGAAAGUGAACAGCCAAAAAGGGCAAGCAAAGAACUCAUAAUUCGUUUAUUUCAAAUUUAUUUUGGAUAAAGAAAAUGGAACAUGCUGUGUACUUGAAAGGAAUUUCUAUAAAUAAAAAUC